AUGCUGCUUCCUGUUCUUCUAGCCCUAGUAAUCUACGCCAUCUUCCUCCACCCCAUAACCCUCUACCUCCUCGACAAAAAGAACCUCCGCCAAUAUCCCUCCCCCUCCAUCUCCUCCCUCACCAUCCUCUGGCGCCUCUCCCAAAUCGUGCAAAACAAGCACUACAAGUCCGUCUACGAUGCCCACCAACAAUACGGCACACACAUCCGCAUCGGCCCAACACAGCUCUCCAUCUCCGACCCGCGCGCCAUGAACGACAUCUACGGGCACGGCGCAAAUUUCGCCAAAGACGAGUUCUACGACGCAGGAUCCGGCCCGCAUCGCUCGAUGGCGGAUACAAGGAAUAAAGAGGAGCACCAGAGGAAGAGGAAGAUGCUAGCCCACGCAUUUGCGCAGAAGACGAUUGUCGGGUUGGAGGGGCUUGUGCGGACGGGUGUUGUUGAUUUGGUCGCGCAGUUCGAUAACUACGCUGCCAGUGGGACGGAGAUGAAUAUCCGCCGGUUUUUGAAUUUCUUUGCUAUUGAUUUCAUGGGACUCGUGCUCUAUGGCGAGUCUCUCGGCUGUGUACGGCGCGGGGAUGAUCUCGUUGAUGCACUGACUCCGGCCGGGGAUGUGUAUCGGGUUCCCUUUGUGAAGACGCUGCAUAAUAUCCAUAUGCAUACGGUUAUUACAGGCGCUGAGCCGGCUUUGCUCCCUCUUACGAGUCCGCUGUUAUCAUGGCAUCCGGGCGUGCGAUCAGGUAAGGACUGGGGGAAUGUCAUGAACAACCUGUACCAGAAGCGCCUUGCAGUGCCUGAUCCAGAGUCCCAGCCUGAUGUCUUCUCCAAGUUCCUGAGGAACAGCAAGGGGGAGGAAAUGAACCUGGACCCGGCGGAGAUUAUGGUUGAAUGUGCCGUGAUUAUGAACGCGGGCAGUGAGACGAAUACCGCGGCUCUGGUCUCGGUGAUUUACCAUAUCUACAAGCAUCCGCAUGUACUGAAGAAACUGCGUGAGGAGAUUGAUGCUGCCGUGCCAGUAAAUACUGGUCAGGAUAUCCCGGAGUAUCAUGCCCUCGCGGCACUCCCUUACCUCCGCGCCUGUAUCGACGAAGGGUUCCGCAUCCAGCCCGCCUCAACCCAGGGCUUCCCUCGCGUCGUGCCAAAAGGCGGCCGCAUGAUUGCAGGGUGUUUCGUUGAAGAAGGCGUGACCGUCUCGGUCCCCACAUACACGCUCCUCCAAGACCCAAUCGCCUUCGAAAACCCCUUUGAAUACAAUCCCAGCCGGUGGCUGGCGGGUGACAAGUCCAAGAUGCAUGCCGCGUUCUACCCCUUCAGCCAUGGGCCUCGUGCAUGUAUCGGCCGGAAUAUUUCGUACUUUGAACAUGUACUGGCUGUGGGCACGGUUGUGAGGCUUUUUGAUGUGGAGGUGUUGAAUGAGUUGGUCACGAUUGAGCGGUUUAAUGGCAAUCCGGGGGAGGUGUUUGGGAGGGUGAAGAGGAGGGUAGCAGUAUAAAUAGAACAUGGAUAGGGUAUGGGAUGAUUUGAUUAUGAAGGUUUUGUAUGAUAGAGGAUGACGAUAUAGGAUUAUGAUG